AUGUCGAAUCUGGAAGGCGCUAGAGCAUACGAAACCAUUGUGGAGAGUGUGAUCAAUGAAGUGCGAGAAGAUUUCGAAAGCGCUGGCAUCGACGAGCAAACGUUGCAGGACUUAAGACUGGUAUGGCAGACAAAGCUUUCGGACAGUCGUGUGGCAAAAUUCAUGUGGGAUCCCGAAGACGAUGAUGCACUAAACUCUCAGUUACACAAUGCACAUAUAGCACCUAGUUUGAUGGAAUCACAGGGUCUGGCAAUGCCAGCUUUGUCGCCUGGCGAUGACAACAAAUCGGGACUAACGCCGCAGCAACAGUCGCUCAUGACACAGACUAAGCACGAUCAGCAGCCGAAGGAUGAAAUCGAAUUAACUAUGGGUGAUUCGGACGGGCAGAUUGCAGAGCAACUGAAAUUACAGGCCAAACAAGCUCGCAAAAGUGCGCUCCUGGAAACCGACGAAAUUAACUCUGACUUGGACGACUCUGAGGACGACUAUUUGAAUUCAUCUGGCGAUGAUGAGGGCCAGGACGAAAACAUUGUGCUGUGCUUGUACGAGAAAGUGCUUCGGGUAAAGAACAAGUGGAAAUGUAACUUGAAAGACGGACUGGCGACCAUAAAUCAUAAGGACUACGCAUUCCAGAAGGCUCAAGGUGAAACUGAAUGGUGA